GGCUGAGGCCGUGCGUCAUGGUUCUGCGUAGCUUGGGUCCAGAGCGCAUCUAUCUACGAUACAGCAUCUGUAUAUUUUAUAUUUUGCAAGCAAUAAACAGAACACAUCUCAUUCAUCCGCCCUUUGGUCUUGCAAGAAAAUGGGCCGCCGUCUUGAUAUCGUCUACCCUGGCUGGAGCGGCCGAUACAUGGACGUGAUCGACUCGCAUACAUCAGAAAUUCUCUACAAGUACGAGAAAAAGGGCAUUUUCAAGCAAUCCAUCAUUAUAACGCGUCCGUCGGAGAAGGGAUCUAGCAGCGAACACACUAUUGCCAAAGUCUCCAUUUCAAGCAAGAUUGCUAUCGACAUUGAAGGGGGCAACGCCGCCAUGAAGAAGCCGAGCAACUUUUCGAGCAACUAUGAAUUUGUCACAGAUGCUCUCAGUGGUACAUGGACAAAGCCUGGUUGGUUAUCUAGUCGCAUGGAGCUCGUCUCAACAACUGGUGUCCUGGCAAGCUUGGAGAGAGCAUGGUCAUUCUUCCAAGAAGGCACACUUGAGAUCUUGGGUAAUCCGUCGCAACGACAACUCGACAUGAUUGUUGUCACAGCACUCGUUAUGAUGGAAAAGCAGGAUAGUGACAGGAAGGAUGCAUCACAGGACUCAUGGGCAGCACAUGCCGCUCCUGAUGCUGCUGCCGCUAGUGUGCCUACAUUCUGAG